CCGCCGGGGCUCCCGCCGCUGCCUCCGCCGGGCCGCGCGCCCGCCCCAUGGCGCGUGAGGCCGGCACCGCCCGACCGCGCUCCGGCCGCCGCCCCCGCCCAGCAGCUGCCAAAACAUAGUACAGUGAAAUAAUGGUCUGCUAGCCUGCUAAACAAGUGUCCAGCUUCCACAAUGCCUGUGCAGGCAGCUCAGUGGACAGAAUUUCUGUCCUGCCCAAUCUGCUACAAUGAAUUUGAUGAGAAUGUGCACAAACCCAUCAGCUUAGGCUGCUCUCACACCGUGUGCAAGACCUGCCUGAACAAGCUCCAUCGCAAGGCAUGUCCUUUUGACCAGACUGCCAUCAACACAGACAUCGAUGUGCUUCCUGUGAACUUUGCACUCCUCCAGCUGGUUGGAGCCCAGGUACCUGAUCAUCAGACAGUAAAGUUGAGUAAUGUAGGCGAGAACAAACAUUAUGAAGUAGCAAAGAAAUGUGUUGAGGAUUUGGCACUCUACUUAAAGCCAUUAAGUGGAGGAAAAGGUGUUGCAAGCUUGAAUCAGAGUGCACUGAGCCGUCCCAUGCAGAGGAAGCUUGUGACACUGGUAAAUUGUCAGCUGGUGGAGGAGGAGGGUCGGGUCAGAGCCAUGAGGGCAGCUCGGUCGCUGGGAGAGAGAACUGUCACAGAACUCAUCCUGCAACACCAAAAUCCUCAGCAGCUUUCUGCCAAUCUCUGGGCUGCUGUCAGGGCACGAGGGUGCCAGUUUCUAGGACCAGCUAUGCAAGAGGAGGCACUGAAACUUGUAUUACUGGCACUGGAAGAUGGCUCUGCACUCUCAAGAAAAGUUCUGGUACUUUUUGUUGUGCAAAGGCUGGAACCAAGAUUUCCUCAGGCCUCUAAAACAAGCAUUGGUCAUGUUGUGCAGCUACUGUAUAGAGCAUCAUGCUUUAAGGUCACUAAAAGAGAUGAAGAUUCUUCUCUGAUGCAACUUAAAGAAGAGUUCCGGAGUUACGAGGCUUUGCGGAGAGAGCAUGAUGCCCAAAUUGUUCACAUUGCCAUGGAAGCAGGACUUAGAAUAUCACCAGAACAGUGGUCUUCUCUUCUUUAUGGAGACCUGGCACAUAAAUCACACAUGCAAUCCAUUAUUGACAAGCUUCAAUCUCCAGAAUCUUUUGCUAAGAGUGUACAAGAAUUGACAAUUGUCUUGCAGCGGACGGGGGAUCCUGCAAACUUAAACAGGCUUAGGCCUCAUUUAGAACUCCUGGCAAACAUAGAUCCAAAUCCAGAUGCAGCAUCUCCAACAUGGGAGCAGCUGGAAAAUGCAAUGGUUGCUGUAAAGACUGUGGUCCAUGGGCUGGUGGAUUUCAUUCAGAAUUACAGUAGAAAAGGCCAUGAAACUCCACAGCCACAACCAAAUAGCAAAUACAAAACAAGUAUGUGCCGUGACCUUCGACAGCAAGGGGGGUGUCCAAGAGGAACGAAUUGUACAUUUGCUCAUUCUCAGGAAGAGCUUGAAAAAUAUCGCUUGAGGAACAAAAAAAUCAGCGCAACAGUGAGAACAUUCCCCCUUCUAAAUAAAGUUGGCGUAAACAGCACCGUCUCAACCACAACAGGAAACGUGAUCUCUGUCAUAGGAAGCCCUGAGGCAACGGGCAAGAUGGUGCCAAGUACUAAUGGAAUAGCAAAUCUAGAAACUGGGGUUCCCCAGCUGAUCCCCCGCUGUGCAGACACCUCCCUGAGAGCUCUGGAGAACACCAAGAAGGGAGGGAAGACUGGAGCCAAUGGACAGAACGCUUCUGGGUCCCCUACAGAAUCACUUCCUGAAAAUAAAAUUGGUUCUCCACCCAAGACUCCUGUAAGCCAGGCAGCAGCUACCUCAGCUGGUCCUCCUAAUAUUGGAACAGAAGUUAAUUCUGUGCCUCCAAAAUCCAGCCCGUUUGUUCCCAGAGUACCUGUCUACCCUCCACAUUCUGAUAAUGUUCAAUAUUUCCAAGAUCCCAGGACUCAGCUGUCAUAUGAAGUUCCACAGUACCCACAGACAGGGUAUUAUCCAGCACCUCCAACAGUACCAGCUGGUGUGGCUCCCUGUGUUCCUCGCUUUGUGAGGUCCAAUAACGUUCCAGAAUCCUCCCUCCCACCUGCUUCCGUGCCAUAUGCAGAUCAUUACAGUACAUUUCCCCCUCGAGAUCGACUGAAUUCUCCCUACCAGCCUCCUCCUCCGCAGCCGUAUGGACCAGUCCCUCCUGUCCCCUCUGGAAUGUACGCUCCAGUUUAUGACAGCAGGCGCAUCUGGCGCCCACAGAUGUACCCACGAGAUGAUAUUAUUAGGAGCAAUUCUUUACCUCCCAUGGAUGUGAUGCACUCAUCUGUCUAUCAGCCAUCAUUACGGGAGAGGUACAACUCUCUGGAUGGGUAUUACUCUGUGGCUUGUCAACCUCCAAACGAGCAGAGGACUGUGCCUUUACCAAGGGAGCCUUGUGGUCAUUUGAAGACUGGUUAUGAUGAGCAGCUGAGACGGAAGCCAGAGCAAUGGGCACAGUACCACACACAGAAAACACCUCUGGUAUCGUCAACCCUUCCUAUGGCAACACCAUCUCCAACACCACCUUCUCCUCUCUUCAGUGUAGAUUUCAGCACAGAGGUGGGAAGCCAGAGAACUACUUUAUUUUCCCUUCCUGCUUCUUUCUCAGAGAGUGUCAGUGAUUUGAGUGGAACUAAAUUUGAGGAAGACCAUCUCUCUCACUAUUCACCGUGGUCUUGUGGCACUAUUGGCUCUUGUAUAAAUGCUAUCGACUCAGAGCCCAAGGAUGUGAUUGCCAAUUCCAAUGCCGUGUUAAUGGAUUUGGACAGUGGGGAUGUUAAAAGGAGAGUGCAUUUAUUUGAAACGCAGAGAAGGGCGAAGGAAGAAGAUCCUAUAAUCCCGUUUAGUGAUGGACCCAUCAUCUCCAAGUGGGGUGCAAUCUCCAGGUCAUCCCGCACAGGUUAUCACACAACAGAUCCAAUCCAGGCCACUGCUUCCCAAGGAAGUGCUACUAAGCCCAUCAGUGUAUCAGAUUAUGUCCCUUAUGUCAAUGCUGUAGACUCAAGAUGGAGUGCCUAUGGCUCAGAUUCUGCCUCCUCAGCACGUUAUGCAGAACGGGACAGGUUUAUAGUCACAGAUUUGUCUGGUCACAGAAAGCAUUCCAGCACUGGAGAUCUACUGAGUAUUGAAUUACAGCAGGCCAAAAGCAACUCCUUACUCCUUCAGAGAGAGGCAAAUGCACUCGCCAUGCAGCAGAAGUGGAAUUCUCUAGAUGAAGGCAGUCGUCUUACCUUAAACCUUUUAAGCAAGGAAAUUGAUUUGAGGAAUGGUGAGACUGAUUAUCCUGAAGACUGUGCAGACACAAAGCCAGACCGAGACAUUGAAUUGGAGCUGUCAGCCCUCGAUACAGACGAACCUGAUGGGCAAGGUGAACAGAUAGAAGAGAUUCUGGACAUACAGCUAGGGAUUAGCUCCCAAGAGGAUCAGCUGCUCAAUGGAACAACCGUAGAGAAUGGGCAUCUGCUAAAGCAGCACCAGAAAGAAUCUAUGGAACAGAAGAGACAAAGUUUAGGUGAAGACCUUGUGAUUCUGGAGGAGCAGAAAACAAUCCUGCCCGUAACUUCUUGCUUCAGUCAGCCGAUCACAACAUCUGUUAGCAAUGCAAGCUGCCUGCCCAUCAGCACAUCAGUCAGUGUUGGCAGCCUCAUUUUGAAAACUGCUCACAUUAUGUCUGAGGAUAAAAAUGACUUUUUAAAGCCUGUUGCAAAUGGCAGGAUGGUUAACAGCUGAAAGGCAUUCAUCUUUCCAGCUUGUGACCACACCAUGGAAGCAUUUACACUAGCUUUUUAUAUAUAUAAUAUAUAUUAUAUAAUGUAUAUUUUUUUUAAAAAAAAUAAUAUUGGGGUCAUGCAUUUCCUGUGGACUCUUUGAUACUUCAAGCCCCUCUCGCAUUAGCAUUCUGAAGAAAAAAAAAACUUACUUUAGUAGGGUAAGGCGUUCACUUUCCACAAAUGAAUGGAAUUUGGACAUUGUUUUACUUAAGCUUAAAGCAGCUUUUUAUGAGUUUGUAGCAAUCCGGUGCGGUAUCUGAGCCAUUCUUGUUGAAAAUGGCUUCUGUAGAAAACUAACAACUCAGUUAUUUAAACUAGCAGGAUCCUACAAUGAUACAUCUAGUGAAAGGAAGACUAACUUAUUUGUCUCUAUUUUGUUUCACGAGAGAAGAACUUUUGUCUUGUUGCAGCUGCUUUUUCUUUAGUUGUGGAACUUUGCAUGGAGUCUUGUUUCCUGUUGGAAGACUGAGAGGUGGAGAUUUGGACUUGAGGCUUUUACAGGGUUUACACACCAUUAGCUUUGCACUGCGUUAUUUGCAGGUCUGUGGGGCAGUGCUUUGCUGCAGCUUUUGGUUUCCAUUCCCCCCAGUUUAUGCUUUAGUACUGUAGAUACACAUACACAGGCUACUUGUCCAAGUAAAGUUAUCAGAAGUAAAUCAAGUGCCUAAGUCCUCCAGCUAAUGUGCUAGGUAUUGAUUUCCCCAAGCUAUACAUGAAACAAUUUUCAACGAUUUUGAGAGGUUAUGCACUAAUGUAAAAGCAAUUUUAGGUUUUUUCCUUCUUUUUCUUUUCUUUUCAUUAAUAGUUCUCAACUUGGAGAUUAUAGGAUCCAGAUGACUUGGCAAAAAGUAUCAGGUGCUCUUGGCUUUCCUUUGAAAACCCUGUAUCUAGUGUUUGCACUGACUAACAAGAUGGUAUUGCUGUUUUUUGUACUGUUUUGUUUUAAUUUAAACUAAAUAUUGGGAAUUUAAGGUAGUUGUAAUUACCUUUGUUAAAUGUUGUUAAUCAUAAUCUUGUAUUCAGGUUUAAUUUCUGUUUAUUCAGUGGCAACUUAUUUUCAAAGACCUUGAAAAUACAAUGAGAUAGCAUUAUCUGACCUUCAGAGUGCUGAAAACUGUAUGAAUUUAUGCCCUGCUAAGAGGUGACUGAGAAUCAUGUUAGACAUGUCAACUGAAAAUUGGUUUUCAUAAAUACACGUGAACUAGAGCCCUGGGCAUAUUUUUUGAGAAGCUUAAAAAUUCACUUUUUUUUUUCUUUUAAGAAAGCAGGACUCUCCCUCCUGAUGAUUACUAUCUUCUUGUUUGUCCUCUUACUUUUCUUUGUGACAAGUUUUACAUUUUUUUAUGUUUUUAUUAACUUCUGUGAAGUUGUUUACUCUGAAAAUUGUACUGGAAUAUUUUAAGCCAAGCUGAUCUUUCACCAGGUGUACUGCAUGUAAGGGCUUUUCCUGCUAGCAAAAUGCUUAAAGAGGAUCAUGUUACUGGUCGUCUGAGUUGUUAUUUUACAAAAUCACAGCUAUGUGGUCGGGUAAGAUUUUGAUAACUGUUUUGUGCACGCUUCUGGGGGGUGGGGGUUGGCAUUUCCCUGAGGGUUAUUGAUUAGACUAAGUAAAUAUUGGUGUUUGAUAUCUCUCCUAACGAACCUGUCCAUGAAAUAAUUAUGUUGUAAAUAUACCUGCAAAUCCAAGGGUUAGUUUUGAUAUUCUGGUGUCAGUAUGGAAGAUCUUACACAUCUAUUUAAUACUCCAAUGUCAAGGAAUGUAUGUAGAAAAACAGUCAAGUAGUCUUUUCUUAGUUUCCUUUGGCUGUUGCUGUACCUUCUCCAGCCAGUGCCACCUCACUCUAGGGUUAGACUGACGCUUCUUUCACUCGCUACGUGAAGUGAAUGGAUACAAGAACCAGACCACCUUUGUCACCUUAACUUAUUUCCUAUUGAUGUUAACUUUAACUUAGAAUGUUAGACAUAAAUAUGAUUGUUGUAUAUUUUAUACCAAGACCAUUCUGUAAAUAUGAAUUUAUAUUACUUUUGAAAUGCUUCUGAGAUACUAUUAUUUGCUGUACAAUGUAAUUCCAAAACAGAUAUGCAAACAAGUAUGUCUCUUUCAUGGAUAUUUAAACAGUGAGAUCUUCCAUGUUGAAGGUGAUGUAAUUUUUUUAAAAGAUUUUUAAAUUUUAAAUUGCUAUUUUGUUACAAAAAUAGAGAAAAUAUAAAGGUUUGAGAAGUCCUUAUUUGCCCUCAGGGAAAGAGCCCUCUGUGCACCAGAACUCCACAGAACAUCUUCAGCAUGAUCUGAGGGUGAAUAUAUACUACAUAAAUUGAUUGUGUAUUUACCUUAACUUUUUAAUUUUAAAAUGGCAAUUUUAAAAACUUGGUUGUGCUCUGCUGGAGGGGGUUGGGAUAAGCUGCUUACACACAUUUGCCUGUUUGUCCAGUGAAAUGACAUAAGCCUGACAUAUUCCUGCCAAGGUCUUGGCAUAUUUAAGAACAAACGUAUCUCAAGACUCUUGUCUGCAGCAGGAGAUCCUGUGAUAGAGCAGUUCUCCAGGAUGACCAUACACUUCAUAUGGAAAGUUGGUUCUCAACCAAGGCUAGAGUCUUCUAGUUGAAUUUUUAACCUAUAAUGACAGGCAAAAGAAUUAUCUGGGGGUUUAACAGCAUGCCGGCUGUGUGGUUUUUGCCAUGAAACUAAUGCCCUCCAGUGCCCUGACAGGAAGAAGAAGCUGCAGGUGGAAACACCUGGCUCUGGCUUCCUUCUUUGUUCAAGUUUCAGCCCUUGACCCUUUACAAACAAGUAUGUAUUCAUUUGUUAGUUGUAAAUCAGGUGCCUUUGGGCUAUGGGAGGGCUUAUUUUCUGACACUGAGAGAGUGACUUACCUUUGUGUGUCAAUAGCAGUGAUGCCCAUUUAGGUUUUGGCCUAAUUUACUGUGCUGUCAGAAAAGAAGGCCCGGAGCAGAUCGGGGAAAGAGAUUGGCUCUUUUGCUUUGCUUGGACAAGCAUUUUGAGUUGGUUUGGUUUGGUUAAUUUUUUUUUUUUUUAAAUUUUUUUUUCCCCCAUUAGGGGUACAGCAGGGAUUUCACAUGCAAGAGAGACAGGAAUUAUUAGUAUCUAAGUUAAUUGUGUUGCCUCACUACCUGGAUUCAUUCCUUGGUUUGCCUCAUUUCCCACAUAGGUCUUUAUAGAGACUAAUGCUUGUGCUGGGAGAAUGCUUGUGUGAGAAAAUAACUAUCUGUACAUUCUUAACAUAUACUUAGAGCAGAGUGAUUGCCCUGCUACUGAUAUUUUGUUCCUGUAAACAGGUGACAAGAAAUGAAUCUUAGUGUUUAUGCAGAUUUUGCAUUGUAGAAUGUAUACUAGACCCUUCAAAGGCAAGGUUAGACUCUUUGCAAAGCAAACUGGCGUUGGUUCUUGGUAGUCUAGUACAGGGACACUAAAGUUUGGCAUUUGAUUUAGGAAAACAGUUGUACACAGCUGAUUAUGUUAAAUAAGCUCUUAAUUAAGCUCUUUGUAGAAGUCUAAUUUGGAAGGUUUUAGUGCUUUGAUAACUCAAUUGAAAUUUUAAUUUCUCCUGUACUCAAGAGCUGAAUGCUGUUCUUGUAUAAUAGUGUACUAGGCUGGAUGAGGUACAAAAUAAUGCACAGUGGUCAGAAACAGCUGAGGAAAGAACGCUUAAAAUAACUCAAUCUAAACUCAGAAUAGUUCCAAACAUUGGUUUUGUUUGCUUUUUUAAAGCACAAGUUGUCAAGUUGUACCUGUUGCUGUACAUAAACACUGUAUGCCAGCAGCUCCUUGAUCAUAUUUGUGAACAGACUUUUCAUUAAUUAUUAGACUGGUAUUAAAGGAAGGUGUUGAAAGUGUAACAAAGUGAGAAGCGAUCAGAUGAUCUAUAGGCUGUAAAAGUCCAUUUUUAUGUUGUAGUUUAAUCCCUUUGUUAGGAAGUUCCCUCUCAUUGAGGGACCUCUUCUGCAAGCAGAACACAAUAAAUGUGCUUUUUUAAAUGACCCAAUUUCCCAGUAUAAAUGAACAGCUGACUUUGGCAGUAGUCAUCCCCCUGCAUCUCUUUGCUGGCAAGGGAGCAGGACAAGGAGGGGGAAAAAACCCCAGAACUGUCACUGAUGAGCUGAAACAAAUCUGAAUAAUCAAAAUGCCCAAACAUAAUUCUACACCCCAUUAUUUAAGGAUGCUUGUGGAAGCUUUUAAUCACUCAAGAUUUUGCUGUAAAAGCUGAAAUAAAGCAGAGCCUGGCUGCGUUUCUUACUGCCAAAAGCCAAGGUCAUUUGCACAUAGUCCAUGGAUUUCUCCAGAGUAGAUCUCCGUUACCCAAGGCAUGGGAAUGCAUGCGUUUUCUUAGCUGGGCAAACAAGUACAUUAUACAGUAGUUGUGAUACAACACACGUGGCUUUGAUUUGUACUGCACAUACCCACUGUACAGCCACUCCGAAGUAUUGUGGUUAGCUUGCAGCAUCUGCUGUCGCAUUGAUACUGUUUACUGCGUAUUCUUUUCCCUGGAAGUUUUAAAGAAAAUUUUUUUUCUUGUUGCAUUGAUUACAUUUUAUAAAUUUGCUUAGCUGGAAAGUUUGGGAAAAGAGGCCUGUUUGUCAAUUGUACAACCGAUUGUGAAGCUCUAGUGUGAAUAUUUUUACGUCUGUAUUAGACAUUUUCUUUGCAAAUCUAUUGUUCGAUUGAAAUGUAAAUGAAAUAAAAGAUGGUGUACACCCAUCAUGUAUAAAGCAGGCACCAUCGCUACGAUGGAUUUAAUGCUCAUUUUUAUGGCGCAUUCUCAGCUUCUAUUUAAAACUAUAAUUUAAAGAAAAAAAAAAAAUCUGUAAAAAUGAAAUGGGGAUAUAUGGGGGAGUAAAUUCUAUUCCGUUUAUUUCGGUUUUGAUUCCCAAUGGUAAUGUUUCCCUUCGUGUUAGAGUAGGGGGGCCCCGGCGGGGCCCGUGUGUCGCUGUAGCACUGACGUGCAGAGGUUGUAGCUUUGGCUGGGCACGGAUAGAGCAUCCCGGUUCGGUGUUUGAGAGACUCGAUGGAAGAAGUUUGCAGUAUUGACAUGUAUUUGCAUGCACGAAUAAAAAUUAUUUGUCCACCUUAA